AUGGCUUCCCCCUUGGCGUCAUUUUGCAUUCGAAACUUGGAAGUGUUUCAGCCGUUUAGAUGUAAGUACGAGAGUUUUAUUGUAUCGCAGUUUUCAAGAGAAGCUUUAAAAUGAAUUAUUUAUAAUACAAACUGAAUUUUUUUUCUGGGUACAGGUUUGCCUGGAGUAUUUAUGCAAUGUCGAACGCACGCCAAGAAAUCCGGGGGCCAUGGAAAGAACCAAGGGAAACCCAGGAAGGGAAAGCGUUUAGGGAUGAAAAGAUAUGAAGGUGGGCGAUCAAAUUGAUCAGUAAUAAGGCUGAGUGUUAAAUUCUCUUUUUUUUUUCAAUAUUAUCCACAUCAGAGAUGCCAUCCUCUGUAGAUCUGAAAUCUGGAGAUAUUUCUUGCACUACCCCAGACUUUCCCCUUGGUCAACCCACACCAUUCAAAUAAAUCGACCCUGUCCUCAACUGGAGUUUGUACUAGUUGUGAUAGAUACUCAAAAAUACUGCCAGAAACCGUAAUAUAUAUUGAAAGUUUGUCAAGUUUAUUGAAAUUUGCCAUGGUGAAUCAACACAGUGAAAGGGAGUGAAGUAGGACUUGUGUCCCAAUAUGAUGAUUUCAACCCAUCUUACCCACCUAACUAGUGAAAGGUUGUGGGCUGUGUUUUUUUCAACAAUACUCCAGACCUCAAUCCUCACACUAAUGUAGAACUGUUUUUGUUUAAUUACCCAGGGGGGGAGGGGGGGUGGGGGUAUCCUAGAGAUAACUAUAUCCUUUGCAGUACUUCCAGCAUCAACCACUGCCCCCCCUCCCAUAAACACUAAUUGAUGCAGUUUCUAAGUUAUUACACGGGUGUGACUGAAGACAUUAUAUGACAUCUUACAUGAGAUGCAGUCUGUCAAAACUCACUUGUUUGACAAAAUAGUCUUGUCAUUGAUGGAAUAUGUGCAAAAAUAUCACAGCAACCACAGUGAUGAAAUAAACUAUUUGGGGGAAAAUGAGCUAAAUUCCAAGCUAAAGCAAAGAAAAGCUCAAAACACAAUAAAUUUUUAACCAAGAGAUUUAGUAACCUGUAUUGGUAAAUGGAGACUAUUCAAGAGACUCUUGGAUGAUCCUGAAGAGUUGGCAUAUAUGGGCCGUAUGUCACUAAUAGAAAAACUUUGUCGUUACUGCAGGUGAACAUGUAAUCCCAGGUACUGUCCUUUUUCGGCAGUGGAAACACAAAGUUAAAUUUCAUCCAGGAGAAAAUGUAAGCUGGUUGAAGGAUUUUUGUAUAACAUUUGCCCACCUUAACUGCCUAAGAUAGGCUAAGGUGGUCCUGAUUUUUAUUAGUGUAAUGUUAUUAGUAGUGUUUCUAUACUAAUGUAAAGCCAAAAUGCUGAAUAUGCAACUCCCUGAUAGUAAGGAAAACAUGAAGUCAACAGGAAUAAACAUGCACGUAAACUUGUAGUAUGGUUAAACUAAGGCACCAAGUUAUUCAUGGGACACAGCGGAGAGCCAAACUAAGAAAAAGAAAAACAAGAGCUUCAAGAGAAAAUAAAGACAAGACUUAAACCUACAUAGUUUAAACAAGAAGACAAAGACUACAUCUACUGUAAGAUGGCACUAACAUAAACAGUGAAAAAGGUUUUGACAGUAAUAAUUUGUUAUAAUUAUGUAUUAAGAAAUGGAGAGAUUAAAGUAGCUGUAUAAAAGAAGUUGAAAAAAAGUUUGUAGUUUUAAUGUGAUUGAUACAUGUUUAACCCCUUAAGCCCCAGUUUCCACAUACCACAGUGGAACCUCGAUAUAACAAACCUCUGUAUAAUGAAGUCCUCAGUAUAACAUAUGAUUUUCUUUACCCCAUUAGUAGUAAAACAUAUGGAAAAGUACCACGUUAUAGCGAACAAGUUUUGCCAGUCCUUUGGCUCGUUGUUAUAUUGAGUUUCCACUGUAAUUCUCUAGCCUGCUUUCCAUACAUUUCCUAGAAAUUAAGUUGAGUGAAUUUUAGAUGUAAUCAUGAUUCUGUAUUGAUAGCGUUUGGAAAAAAAUAAUCUUGAUGACUCUCUUGCCUCAAAAGUUAAACAAAUAGAAAUAAUUAUGAGAAGCAAGACACUAAGGCAAACCAAACUUAACUUUUCAUAAAUUUUUCCUUUCUUCUCUCAGGUUGGAGUUGGCAAAGAUUGGACAUUAUAUGCACUAGCUGAGGGAUUUGUUAAAUACAAGAGAGAACUGCUUGAACCUUAUGCAUGGGGUUAUGGUCCACAAAACAAAUUCCAUGAGAAAAAGUUUAUUCAUGUCAUACAGAAACAGCCCUUUGUUGGACCAAAGCUUGUCCCUGCUCAUGAUGUUUAUAAAAUUUCUGAAAGAUAA